UAUAGUUUAAGAGACAGUGAUGUUUCUGUAAAAUUUAUAGCAACUGAUUUUCGCUGAUUCCAAAUAAUUAUCACUCACUCACUGCGACGUCAUUGGGAGCAUCGAAUAAAGCAAUAUAAAAUGGAAUCGAUACCUAAUUAUUUGGAAAAACACAAAAAUUAGGUUCCUUUUUAUGUAUCGGCUGAUUUUCACUCUAGCGAAAGCGGAGUCGCUAGCAGUAUUGCCUUGGAUUUGGACCUGUUACCUCGUGGGUAACUAGAGGUAAAUCUUUCAUAUAUUUAAAAAAAAACACAGUUGGACUACAGCCCCAUUUCUUUUUAAUUGAUAGAAAACUCUAUAAAAACCUUGUAAACUAUGUUUGUUUAAUUUUCAUCGUAUAUUUUUGUUGUUGACCUCUGCCUCUGCUCCACUAUAUUAACGCGUGACACAGUUCAGAUCAAUUCACACUCAGUGUCAGUGGUCGUGGUGACACUUGCUCACUCUUAUUCUUAAUAUUAUUUUUUUUAAAUAAAUAUUUCAUUCACUAGAUUUAGACCUAAUAAUUUGUCUUUUUUUUUUUGCGAAAUGACUUGUGUGCCUAAUAUUUACUAAUAUUAUUUCUAGUGUAGGUCUGGGAUGUUUAAAAAAUGUAUAUUUUAGAUUAGUAUAUUAAAAAAUCAGCCUUAUUCAAUUAAUUAUUAUGGCUAUGCCGCAACAGACAUAUAGUCUGUAUAGUGAUGGUGACAGUAUAGCAUAGAAAAAGAUAGGGUAGGAGGAUGGGCCUAUUAUCUGUAGUAGUAGUAGUAUUAGUAUUUACUAUUAGUAUUAGCUAGUACUAGUAGUAGUGCCUCCUGAUCCUGAGACUGACCAAAUUCAAAUUUUUAAUUUUACCGUCCCCCUUCCUCAUAAAAAACUGCAGUUGGCUGAAAAUGCAUCAAGAUAAAAGUGCCCAGGGCGGACUCCCCCCCGACCCACCCCCAUUCUACGCCAAUGGGCCUAAUUACCUAUUUUUAUAUUAUUUAUUAUUAUUAAUUAUAGACAUAAUUAACUAGGCAUAAUUCAUAAUCAAAGUUAAGCUUUGAAAUUACUUUUUGCUUUUUUUAAAAAUCUAAUCAUAAAAAAUUUGAAGACUAAUGAUUUGUUCAUUUAUGCCAUAUUUGAAUUUGAUGGGAUUUGAUUGCCACUUUUAAAAUCAACCUUCCAUUAGUGAUCUCACACAUCUAGGAGGAAAGAGGAAGCCAAUAAUUUGUGGCAAUGUGCUAUGGUUCUAAAUUCUAAAUUGGGGGUGGGGGGGUGUAAUAAUUACCCAAAAUAGGCAUAGGAUACCUAAUUUCUCCACUUGGUUAUACAGCUUUUAAAGUAAGAUUAUUUAGACCAUGCUUAUGCCACAAUAGCACAUCUAUGCUUUUAUUUAUUUAGGUUUAAACAAUAUGUACACAUUUGCCAUUUGGGCUUAUUAAUCAGGCAUAUACUGUAUGCUAGGCUUAACAUACUUGAAUUUUAAAAAAAAAAAGAGAAAACAAGUUCUCAUGGGCUAUUCAAAUUUUUUGUCUGAGUAAAUUGAAAAGAUCUUAAAACACAAGGGGAAGAGUGCUAAAAUUCACUUUUUUGGACACUUUUAUGUUAAAUUAAAAAGUGAAACAAGUUCUGACAUUUAUGUCAUUUGCUAUGAGUUGACCUGUCAUUGGAUACAUAAUCGAAUAAGUUUAAUAGUGUACCUAGGUUCAGUCUAGUGAGCAUGAAAAGAUUGUGUUAGGUCAUAUUUGGGUUCAGAUGUAGUCCAUAUUAUUAACAUGGUCAUAAUUAAAUGAGCUGUUACUAUCAGUGGCGCCAGAUAUUAUUUUAUCUGUGUCCAUUAUUGGGACCUCCCUUUUUAAACUGAGCAAUCCCACUAUUACAGUUUUGAUAAGUGUUUGAUUAUCUUUUGCACUUUAACAUUUGGAUAUCUGUUUCAAGCUGUUUACAAUGCCUGUUAGUUGACCCCAUUAUACAAAGCAGUUAAAGAUGGGGGGUGGGGGGUGAAUUGAAUAAUUUUUUAAGCUAGGUUGCCAAGCCCUCCUUUUUUUUCUCCCAGUCUUUUUUUUAUUUUUAUAUAUGCUUCUCUACUUAAGACUACUCUGUCUAAAACUAAAAAUUGUGGAAACUGUCUUAUAAACUUAUGUUAGAAGUGUUUUUUUUUUUUUUAAUGUGUGUUUUUGCAUUCAUUCACUAAAUCUUAUGACAUACUGAUAUCUAAGAAGUUAUCUUGAAUUUAAUUUUAAACUUCCCUUGUGUUUUACCUUGACUUACUUUGUAUGCUUUAUCUGUAUUUUAAGCAACUAGGUUACAGCUUGGUAAAUAAAUUAGAACAAAUUGAUAAUAUUUAUCAGAAGUUCAGUGGCCUAGUUUGAUGUUAAUCUGCCUCAACAAGUGGUAAAAGCAUUUACUGAAGUGAUGCUAAAUAUAUGAUUUUAUCUUACAUAGUUGUUAUUAUAAGACUAGAAAGGAUUAAGAAGGGUGAGAGUGCAUUCGGUUUAUAAAAAGGGAAAUAAGAAACACUGUGUAGGGGAAAACUAAAAAAGAAAGUAUGUAGUAAGUUUGCAUUGAGUUUCUCUCAAUUUGACUUUGGCUCUCUUCAUGCUUUUGCACUGUAUGUGGUGUGGGGGUGGGGAUAAAGAUAGUCUAACUUAAUUUUAUAUGCAUUAAAAGGGUGAAAUUAUUUUUAUUUUACACAUGUGGCUGUUACAGUAGGAAGUAAUACAAUUUUUUGAAAACUUAAAAAAAUCUGCAGAAAAAAUGGAAGCUGCAACACCUUUGUGUCCCACUGGGAAUACAAGGAAAAGACCAAGUCGGUUUCUUCUGCUAUGGUUUCUCUUUCGCACAAUGCAUGUAACCCACAGUGGGGAGGAAUCUAGUAAACCUGAAGAUGAUCAAGUAGCUGUUGCAGAUGCAGUAACUCCGUUAGAGGAUGAUGUCCUUGCCAAGGUCAAUCUGCCCAGAAAGUUGCCUUCAAUUGUCGACAUUAAAAAGGUUUUCUUUUUUUUUUUUUUUUUUUCAAAUGGUCCCUUAAACAAUUUUUAGUUGGAUCUACGCUUUAUUUUUACUUAAUUUUAUUCAGUGGGAAAACAUUUAAAAUUUUUGGAUUAUGUAAUGAAAAUUAAAAAGGUUUUUUUUUUUUUUUUUUUUUUUUUCAAAUGGUCCCUUAAACAAUUUUUAGUUGGAUCUACGCUUUAUUUUUACUUAAUUUUAUUCAGUGGGAAAACAUUUAAAAUUUUUGGAUUAUGUAAUGAAAGGAUGUUCCAUAUUGUAGCCAUAAUUAUUGCAUUGGUCAGAAUAAUUAUUAAUAUAAAUUACUGUACAGUAAAAAGUACUCAUAAUAAAUUCUGCACAAUUUAAAUCUGAUAAUGUUGAAGGCAGCCUGUUGAAGUUAAAGAGCGGAAAAGGACGAACAUUGGUGUAAAUUUCACGGUUUUUAAAAGUUAUACUCUUGAAGUUAAAGAGGACAGACAACAGUAUAAAUUUCACUGUUUUUUAAUUUGUAUUUCUAGGCUGCAGCACAACUAUCCAAUUGUGUGUCAUUUGUUUCCGAAUAUAUCUUUGGUAAUUGAACGGCAAAAUAAUAGCACAUUGCCUUUUUUUCUUUGUAUUUUUCUAAGUGAAAUUUAUACAUGUUGAGUUAUUCUGUAAUCCUAUACUUUUCAGGCAUUGCCAGCUCAUUGCUUCGAGUCCAAUGUGUCACUAUCAAUUUAUUACAUGAUAAAAGACUUCAUUUUAGUGGCAUUGCUGUAUAUCUUGGUUGAGUGGACCUGGGAAGUUUUUCCACCAGUUGCACAGGCAAGUUAAUGGCAUCAUUUGUAAGCAGUGCUAACACAAAUGUCAAAUAAUAUUUGGGCCUGUGUCUGCAUCUCUCAAAUAUUUUAAAUUAGUAGAAAAAAAAAUUUUAAGUAUAAAUAUCAGAAUAUCUGCCUUAUCAGCCAUUCACCAAAUUAAAUAUAUUUCCAAGUGUUGACACAUUAAUCAGCCUUGCGAUAGAAUAAAAUCUAGAUGGCUUUAAUAGAAUCCAAGAUUUUAAAUAUGGUUAUUAUUUGUGCCAAAUUCAGAUCUGUGCAAGUCUCUGUUUACACAAUAACGCCAAGUAAACAUUACACUAAUUUCUGAACUGUGGAGACUUCAAUAGUUUGAUAUGAUCUAACAAAUUGUUUUAAUCUGUCAGGUUACCCUUUUUAACACAUGCUAAGAUUUUACGUGAUAAUUAAUUUGAUAAAAAUUAUUUUUAUAUGCUUCACUUGUGCAUUAUGCCAUAACUUAGAUUGAGAGUGCAUUCAAAUAAUCAAUGAGGAAUCAUUAGUCAAGAUAAAUUUAUAAGAACUGUAUUCAAGGGUUAAAUUUUGGAAAAUUAUAGCAAUGCCAUUUACUGUAUCUGCAUCAAGAGAUAUUAUGAUUACAUAACCCAAAUAGAUGGAUUAUAAUUCAAAUUAAUUAUGUAGCAGUUAAUAAUUUACAUUUUAUAUUAAAAUACAAUAUGUACAUAUUUUUAUAGUUUUAUAAUCGAGAGUGCAACCCUUGUCAAAUUUAAAAUACAUGUUAAAACCAGUAAAAGGUUGAUCAAUUGAAUUAUAUAUUUUUGGCCUAGAAUUGAAGUUUAAAAUAUAUUUAAGAUUACAUUUCUAAUGAAAUAAUUGAUUCAUAACUUGUCCCCAGAUUUUUAUCACACCUCUGUUUUGGCUUGUCCAAGGGACACUUUUUACUGCCCUUUUUGUUGUGGGUCAUGAUGCAGGCCAUGGGUCGUUUUCAAACUCUGAGGUUAUCAACACCAUUUGUGGAAAUAUUUGCCACACUUUUCUCUUAUGCCCUUACUACAUGUGGAAGGUAAGAUUUGACCAGCAGUUCGGAAAAUUAGCUGCUUUUAUAUUAUGAUUUAAGAACAAAAAUGAUUAAAGAGUGAAAAUCAGUUAUUAGGAAAUCACAUCUUUAGUUUUAAGGCAGAUAACUUUCAUUCAAUCUAGGAAUUCACAAUAUUUAGAUGAAUGUGUUGGCCAUGUUAUUUUAUUAGUGGAUAUAAUUUUAUCUGAAUUUAUGCUUUUAUAAUUAAUGUAAACAGAUUAAAAAAAUUUCCUUGCAAUAAUGUCUUUCUUGUUCUGACCCUACCCGUUGACAACUGAGUCUUGAAUCACAUUCUUUGAAAACUUUAACAAAAGUUGUUUAAUUAAAUUAAAAUGUUCAUUCAUGAGCACUAAUUUGAGAUUGUUUGCUCUCAGGUGUCACAUAGGAAACACCACAAGAAUACUGGCAACAUUGACAAGGAUGAAGUUUUCUAUCCAGUCCGUCAGAAGGAUGUUGUUCAAGGUGUUCCUUUGAUGCCUGGCUUUGGCCUGGGUGUCGGCUGGUUUGCCUAUCUGAUCAAGGGCUAUAAACCAAGAGGGGUAGGUUUAAGCUUCUUAUAGAGCUUCUCACAUUUGGGCUGUUAUUAGUUUUUAUUUUAGUCAGCCCUGUGGCGUAAUGGGUAACAUUGUCUGCAUCUUGACACAGGAGGUGGGUUAGAAUUAGUUCAGGAUUAUCCACAGAUAUGGCUAACUAGCCAAGAGUCAUUGGCUCAUUUUUGAAACAAACGUGUUUGUAUUAAAUGCACAUCUUAGAAAAAAGCAAACCAUGGUUAAAUAAUUGCACAUAAUUGAAUCAGCAGACCUGUUUACUCUUACGAGUGUAUGCCAAGACCUGUCGCAACUAUUAUUUUAAGAAACCGGGUUUUAAAUAUAUACAUUCUUGUAGUUUUUCCAGACUUAAAAAUAAUAAUUAAAAAUUACAUUUUCCUUGUUAAAUUUAACCUGCUUUUAUCACCCAGCAGAAAUAUGAUUUGUUGGGAACCAAAUAUAAUUAUAUUACAUUUUCCCUGAGAGGGGAAGGUGGUAGUGUUGAUUUAAAUUGUUUUCGAGGGAGGGGGUCUAUAUAUUUAACACAGCCACAUUUUCAUUAUGAUAGUGGAGAUGAUCAUAUUGUUGCUUUGUGUGUUUUCAUAAUUAACUCGCUAGUCACAGCAACAGUUAUCAGCAUUUAGUGACAGUUUUAGUUGCUUUUUUCUUCAUUGCUGUGUGACGCAAUUUUGUGUUAUAAUUAUUUCGUCAGUGAAAUGCAAGUUCAGAAAUGGAGAAUGCAUUCUCAACUUCUCCGCGCAGCAUUAGAUUUUAGAUUUCAACACAUUUAAUAGGAUUUGAGAGGGCCGUUGAAAUCUAUUUUUUCGAACAUACAAAACAGCUGUACAAUUUUUAAUACCUCUGUUUGGUUCCAACACCCCUCAUUCUUUCACCCAUUUAAAGCUUGUGAUAGUUAGCAGGAUAUAAUAUAUUAGUGGGCAAUAGACCGAAAUUUAUAUUGAUUUUUUUUAAAAUUUGAAACUAGCUUUUCCUAAAUUAUAAAUCCCAAGUUACUUGGUAGGUUUUUGAAGGAUGUCAUCAUUUUCAUUUGUUAAUUAAUUCUUACUUAAAUAAAUUUUAUUUUAAGCUGAUCUGACUUUGAGUUCAAUCCACGUUACAUAUCACCAGUACCUUUAUUUUUACCAGUGACAGAAUGAUAAUGUGAUCUGCACGUUCACCUCAAUACAAAUUAAAAUCUGUAGCAAAUGCACAUCUGCAAAACAAAGUGACCAUGGGUGCCACUUUUCCAGAUUAUUCCGUAUUUGUGAGGCUAAAAUUUUUUAGCUGAUGUCAAGUUACCGUACAACGAUAUUGUCUUUUCAUUUAAAUUACUACAGUUUGAAGUAGGCACCUUUCUGUUAUAUAUAUAUUUUUUUUUUAAAACUUCUCAAAAUCCGUUGAUGUGAAUGAAAAUAUUUCCCAAUUGGAGAAAAAGUUCAACCUUAUCAGCAACACCUCUAUCUUCACCAGCUCAAGACCUGUGUUUUAGAAAUUUUUCUACCCAAAAUACGACAAAUACUACAAUAGUUUUUAGUUAAUAAGUGAUAUAUAAACUGCAUUUUUGGGGGGCAGAUUAAACGUCUUCAACUGCCUAUGCUUUGUCUCCAGUUAUCAGUUUUGUGGAUAAAUUAAUAUGAUGUAAUCAUUGCACAAGAAAUUAUUUCUAGUGUAUGAAUUUUAUGAGUUUUGUUAAGUUUCAAGGGUUUGAAAAACUUACCUCGAUCCUAUCAGCAGACCUGUUUACCCUCAAACUCUUAAAAUUGUACAAUAUCAUCACAAAAAUCAUCCAAUACAUUAUCUUACUAGUAAAAAAUGAACAUACAGAAUAUAUAAUGUAUGCACCUCAAAAAUGUACAUUGUACGCCAUAAUCGCCAUAAUCGUAAGAGUAAACAGGUCUGUAUCUGACAUGCAAGUCAAGUAGUUAUUGUACACAUUAUAUAUACUGUUUGUGUAUUUAUUUACCAGUACUAUUAAGAUACUGUAUUGUACAAUUUUGAGAUGAUUCUAUGUUUUUAGGAGUUCAAGAAUAAACAGGUCUGAAUCAGUGUAACAAUUUCAACACUUAAGUGGGUAAAAAAUAGAAUAAUAAUUUGACACAUUAUUUAAAUGGUAUACCCUUCUCACAAUAUUAUUUAAAAUUAAUAAAAUGAUUGCAAUUCUUAUCCAUAAAAAUACACAUUUGUGUAAAUUCAUAUCUGUAUUAGUUUAAAAGUGUUUUAAAGAUUUUCCUAAAGUGGCAGUAAGCAAGAUGAUUGCUUUCUAAUGGAGUUUUAACUUAUUUUUUUACAAUUUGCUCAUAAAAUUUUUUAAUAUUUUCAGCUAGUUAAAAGUUGUCAGCUUACAUGUAGAGAUUUGUUUUUACCUGUGACCUAUCUACUAGGGCCUUUUAAAUUGACUUCUUAGAUAUCUCCCACCAUUAGAUGAUUUCCAAUCCCUACUGUUCAGCACCGGUAUUUGUUUCAUAGGAUUUUCAGCUUCAAUGAACUCUUUAAUAAAUAUAUAAGAAGUUUCAUCUUUUUUUUUUCAGGUCCAACACUUCAACCCUCUUCAUUCAUUGUUCCGCUACCAUGUGAUGAACUGCACCAUCUCUCUCGUAUGCCUUGUCCUGUGGUGCAUGUGCCUGGCUCGAUUUAAAGAAGCAUUUGGUCUCUGGGCACUCAUUUAUCACUGGGCAGUCCCCACGUUUAUCUUUGGAAGUUACACUGUCAUCAUCACAUUUCUGCACCACACAGAGGAUGAUAUUCCAUGGUAUAGUUCUGAGCUGUGGGACAAUGUGCGGGGACAACUUUCUUCCGUGGAUCGCUCCUAUGGAUGGUGCCAUUACAUUAUACACAAGUAAGAGUUAAAUUGCGCAGGUAUUUUCUUGAGAAAAAAAAUGCUGCUUCGCUUCAGACCUGAUUAAUUCUAAAGUAAUUAAAAUUAAUGUAUUCAAUGACAAGUCUUGUAUUAGCCAAACAUAACUGUUUCACUGAUUUAUUUUCAAACUUAAAUGUUUAUGAAAUUAUUCUCGCAAAGGUUAAUUUCUACUUAAAAAGGUAAGGAAAUACUGUGGAUGUGUUUGCUUAUUUCUCUUACAAAUAGUAAAUUAUUAUUUUAUUGCAUUUGCUGAAUGACUUUUCUUUUUUUCAGUAUUGGCACACAUCAGAUUCACCACUUAUUUCCUAAAGUACCCCACUAUCACCUAGAAGAGGCAACAGCAGCUUUCCGUAAGGCUUUCCCAAAACUAGUUAAUGUACGCCAAGAACCAAUCCUUCCAGCAUUUUUAAGAAUGUUCAAGAAAUAUGCCAGACAGAAUGUUAUUGGGAAUGAAACACAAGUCCACAUGUACAAGUGAUGAAGCUACAUAAUAUUAGAUCAGGAACAUUUGGCAUUUAUCUUGGUAGUAUUUGAGUAACAGCAUGCUUUACUGUACCUAAGUUAUCCACACAAAAAGAAGACUCAAUAUAAGCCCAAGAAUAACAAACCAUGGUUCUUCCCUAAAGAUAUUAACACCAUAGGAUGACCUUAUAAGAUUUUUAAACAAAUUUUUUGCAUUGUGCUGAACUUAGAAUACAUUUCCUGUAGUCUGGAGAAAUAAUACUCUUAUUUUUAUUAUUUUUUUUUGUGAAUGUUGAAAUGAUAAGCUGGUAUUUAUCAUGAGGUUGCAAAUUGUUCUUUUGGCAAAUAUUGAUCUUAUGAUAAAUUCUUCUUCAUAUUUGUUAAAUAAUUUCUAUAUAAUCUUGACUUCUCAUUUAGUCAACACCUGCAUUAUAUUUGUAAUAGUUAAAAUUCUUUUUUUUUUUUAAACGCUCCUGCUUAUUUUAUUAAUUUCCUUACAUUGGUUGUUGAAAAAAAAAAAUCUUAAUUCAUUACAACAUCCAGUAUUAAUACCCUCCCCUGCCCAAAAACAUUAGAUAUCGUACAGAACAGACCAGACUUGUGCUUCAAUUAUUACUUUGGUUAAUUGAUUGUGGGUCAUAUGUUUUUGAAGUUAAGGGUCAAUGGGGUGGGUCAACCAUUUGAAACAGGCUGGUUUAGAAACAAAUGGCCUAAUAUUAGAAGCAGUGUGGGUGAAUGAUUGUCUAUGUAUUAAAUAUGAAGAUCAAAGUUCAUUUAUUUAUCUUUCAACCAAUUGACAAAAAAAUUUUUUGUUACUGGCACAUCUGUUAAGUUCAUGAGAGUAAUUUUAUUACAUUCCUUGUUGAGACAAGGGCGUACAAUAUCAUACCAGGGUACAUUUUUGGCAAUUAAAUGUAUUAUUUUUCUAAGACGAUUACUUCAAAUGUUGAUCAAAUGGUUCGAUUUUUUAAAACUUUCUAAUAAAGUGAGUAGGUAUUAUAAAUUCCCAAAAAUCAAUAGCUGAAUUUUAAAAAAUGAAGUCAACUUUUUUUCUCUUAUUUAGAUUUUUUUUUUAUUUUGAAAUUAUGAAGGUCCAAAAAGUUAUGUUCAAUUUAGGGCUGAAUAAUUGAAAAGGCUCUCAAAUGGUUAUAGCAUUCAAAUAAUAAUUAAUGAGAUUCAUAUAAUAAAAAGGCACAAUUGCAUUUAUUCUUUUAGGCUGUCUUUUUUCCCCCCAGUUAAUUUUGACAAAUUUUAUAUAUGUGUUCACCUUACUUUGUGUAAGUUUAAGAAGCACUCUAAUCAACCAUUAUUUUCAAUGGACAUUAUUUAUUUUUGUUCCAGUGUAGGUUAUUUUUGUUUCAAUUAUACAUGACAUUUUAUGACUUGCUUACUGGAAUAUCUCAGUUGUCUCACAUUAGAAAGCUGUUUGGUGUGUGUUGAGAUCAAGCCCAGUUUACCAACCUUGUGUCUUGUUGCUUAGGGCAAUUUUAUUUAUCAAAACAUUUUAAUUAUUAAAAGUUAAAUGUUUGUAAGUUGACCCCAUUCUGAAAAAAAUAAAAUUACAAAUAGAAAAUGUAAAAGAAACCCAUUAAAUCUUACUUUGAGUUUUGAAUUGUUUCAUUUUCAUGUCUGACAAAAAAAAAUGUAUGUGCAUCCUU